AUGAACAGUCACCUCCAACCAACGAGGGCUGCUCCACCGCCGCCAGCGACAGCACCUGCGACUGCAGCGACUGCAAAACCAAUAAUCAAGAACAACGCAAAGGCGCCGAAUAGGAGGGGAUGGGCAUCGAUGAAAGAUGAUAGCCCAAUAAUGUCGUGGCUUUGGACAAAGAAGUGGAUUGUACUCAAUCCACGCACUAUAGACGUUUACAAGAAUGAUUCUGCUCCUGCUCCACAGACAGCUAUCCACCUCAGCAAUAUCAUCGCUGUCGAGCGCACCGAUCAGAAACCAUUCUGCGUUGAAAUUACAACGAAUAAAGUUUACAGCCUGGCUUUUAAAUCUGACGACGAGCUAUACGCAUGGUUGGAUGACAUCUACAACGCUAGCCCACUCGGUGUUACCACUCCCACCGAUUUCGUCCAUCAGGUCCACGUCGGCUUUGACCCUGUCUCGGGCGCAUUUACAGGUCUGCCUGAGCAGUGGAAUAAGCUUCUGCAGACCUCAGCCAUCACUAAGGAAGAUUACGCUAAGAAUCCUCAAGCUGUUCUCGACGUUUUGGAAUUCUACACUGAUCAACAGAGAAGAGAAGAAGUUGGUUUCAACCAGGGUCAGAAAGCUGGCCAGAAUAACAGAUUUCCUCCUUCCGGUGGUACAACGUACACACCUCCAGCUGCAAAUGUAAGAUUCGGUAAUGGGACCGGCCUUGCUGGUCAAAAUGUUUCUGCACCAAGAGCUGCACCUCCUCCACCAUCGCAACCAAGCGCGAGCGUCAAGAAGGAAAAAUCAUCAGCUGCUCCAGCGCAGCAAUCUUUGCAACCAACACCACCUCCACAGCAUCCUCCACCACAGCAGCCCUCGCAACCUUCUCAACCUUCUCAUCAACCUCCUCCACUUACACAAAAAGCACCUCCACCUGUGAAACCACUUUUGACGAAUAAAAAGGCAAACCAACCUGCCCUCACUCCAAAACAACAACAGGUUCAAGCUAAGCAGCCUGUUCCUCAACAAGUUCCUAAUAAUGAGCCUUCAACACCCAAAGUAGCCGAGAGGCGUAUAUCCUCAAUGAAUGAUACACAGAUAAUGGAAAAGCUGAGACAGGUUGUUAGCCAAGGUGAUCCAAAUAACAUAUACUCAAAAAUCAAGAAAGUUGGUCAAGGUGCUUCUGGUAGUGUAUAUGUUGCAAAAAUAUUAGACAAUGGACAGAAAGUUGCAGUGAAACAGAUGGAUCUUAGUGCACAACCAAGGAAAGAGUUAAUUGUCAAUGAGAUCUUGGUGAUGCAGGAGAGUCAUCAUGCUAAUAUAGUCAACUUUUUAGAUGCUUACUUGAUAAAAAAUGGAGAACUUUGGGUAGUUAUGGAGUACAUGGAAGGUGGAGCAUUAACAGAUAUUAUAGAUAACAAUGAGAUUGAAGAGGAUCAAAUAGCGUGUAUUUGUAGGGAGACGUGUAAGGGAUUGAACCACUUACAUCAACAAUCAAUCAUUCAUAGAGAUAUCAAAUCAGACAAUGUCUUGUUGGAUUCACAAGGACAUGUAAAGAUAACAGACUUUGGAUUCUGCGCAAAGUUAUCAGAUCAAAAGUCAAAGCGAGCAACGAUGGUAGGUACACCAUAUUGGAUGGCACCAGAGGUGGUCAAGCAGAAGGAAUAUGGUGCCAAAGUAGAUAUUUGGUCAUUAGGUAUAAUGGCAAUAGAGAUGAUUGAGCAAGAGCCACCAUAUCUCGAUGAGGAGCCAUUGAAAGCGCUGUAUUUGAUUGCAACGAAUGGAACACCAACUCUAAAGAAGCCAGAGAGUUUAACAAGAGAGUUGAAGUCCUUCUUGGCAGUUUGUCUUUGCGUAGAUGUAAAGUCAAGGGCAGCUGCAGAUGAAUUGGUGAAUCACGAAUUUAUGCAGAAAUCGUGCGCGUUAUCUGGAUUAGCGCCAUUAUUAAGGUUUAAAAGCAAGCAGUAA